UUCUUCUCUCGCAAAUUGAGGUUGACCGGGAUGUGGAGUUACAUUCUCACCUGUGCGCUCGUCUUGGCCAAAGAUGCAGUUGCGCUUAGCAAGGUGUUCGGCGAGGUGGAGCCGGUGCGCAUGACCUCCGAGGGCUCCGACUGCCGCUGCCGCUGCGUGAUGCGUCCGCUGGGCAUGGAUGCGUGCGCCCGCUUGCGCGAGGGCGGCGGGCGGCCAGAGGACUACUACGCCGUGGAGACGGUCAGCGCGGGCUCCGACUGCAAGUGCUCCUGCACGGCGCCCCCAUCCUCGCUCAACCCCUGCGAGAACGAGUGGAGGACGGAGAAACUCAAGAAGCAGGCGCCGGAGCUCCUCAAGCUCCAUUCUAUGGUAGACCUCCUUGAGGGAACGUUGUACAGUUUGGAUCUGAUGAAGGUCCAUGCGUACAUGAAUAAGGUUGUGGCUCAGAUGAACAGCCUGGAGGAGACCAUCAAGACCAACCUGAGCAGAGAGAAUGACGUUGUGAAGGACAGUAUAGUGACUCUUAGCAACCAGCUGAAGCGUUAUGACAACUACUCUGACAUCAUGACCAGCAUCAAAAAGGAGAUCUCCAACCUGGGACUACAGCUGCUGCAGAAAGAUGCUGCUCCUGACAACAAAGUACAGGAUACGGAGAGCAAAAAACCCAAGGAGACAGCGAAACCCCCCAACAACAAGAAGAACCCAGCCUCCAGACAGUCUCCCAAACUGCCCAAAGAGAAGCCAGCCAAGGCCAAGAAAGAGCCCCUGAAACCAGGCAAGACGGGCAAGCCUGACCCCACAGCCAAGACCAAGACGCUGGGCCACCAGGCCGGCGUGAUCCGGGGCAUUACCUACUACAAGGCAGCCAGGACUGGGAACACGGAGCCCAACGCUGGAGGGAAGGAGGGCAGAGAAAACUCUGCCAAAACUCACACAGUCCACCACAUAGACGGCAAGGAGAGUUCCAAAGUCGUCCUGGAAACCAUGGAGGUCAUGUCCACUACAGCUGCCCCAACAACAACAACAACAACAACAUCAGCCACAACCACUGCAACAAGAAGCAGCAGCAGCACCACCACCACUGUUGCCACGACAACCACCCCUGAACUCCCACAGAUGGACAUCCUUGCUCUCUCCCCCACAACCGCCAUGCCCAACUCCACAGACGAGCAACCGAUCCCAGGGAGACCAGUACCUACGGCCACGUUAGAGAUAGACAGCAGGGAGGGUGAAGGCCGAGGCCACACUCACAGAUCAGGAAAGACUCCAGACUGUGAGGGCACCAUAGCCUCCGUAGAACUGCCAGAGAAACAUCACAGCUAUGGGCGGAACGAAGGGGCCUGGAUGAAGGACCCGGUUGCCAGGGAUUCCAAGAUCUAUGUAACCAACUAUUACUAUGGCAACAACUUGGUGGAGUUCCGGAACCUGGAGAGCUUCAAGCAAGGGCGUUGGAGCAACCUCUUCAAGUUGCCCUACAACUGGAUCGGCACAGGCCACGUGGUCUACGACGGUGCCUUCUACUACAACCGCGCCUUCACCAAGAACAUCAUCAAGUACGACAUGAAGAUGCGCUACGUGGCGGCCUGGACGCUGCUGCACGACGCCGUCUACGAGGACACCACUCCCUGGAAGUGGCGCGGCCACUCCGACAUCGACUUCGCCGUGGACGAGAGCGGCCUGUGGGUCAUCUACCCGGCGCUGGACUACGACUAUGGCAGCCAGCACGAGGUCAUCGUGGUCAGCAAGCUGGACCCGGGCGACCUGACCAUGCGCAAGGAGACCACCUACCGCACGGGCCUGCGCCGCAACUCCUACGGCAACUGCUUCCUGGUGUGCGGCGUGCUGUACGCGGUGGACACCUACAACCAGCGGGAGGGCGAGGUGGCGUACGCCUACGACACGCACACGGGCACGGAGGCGGCGCCGCGGCUGCCCUUCACAAACCUGUACGCCUUCACCACACAGGUGGACUACAACCCCAAGGAGAAGGUGCUCUACGCCUGGGACAACGGCCACCAGCUCACCUACACACUUAACUUCGUGGGACAGUGAAGGGGGACUAGAGCCUUCCCAAACAUCAGCCAGUCGGCCUGCAGCGGAAACGACAGACACAGACCUCCUGAACUCUUUUAAGGAACUUUUGGUGGUGCAGAAGUCCUGACUUUUAAUGCAAGGAAAUUCAUUAUGUACUGUAUAAUAUCAAGCGAAGUCACAUUUAUUUAUACAGGACAUUUAUAAAGAACAGGAGUUCCAAAGUGCUUUCCAGUCAAGGAUGAACAAAAUGAAAAGGAUAAAAGAGACUAAAACAUAUAAAACAUAAAAUAUAUAUAGGACUAUAAAAUCAAUACAAGUGAAAGAAUUAAAGACAGAGAUAGAUGAACAAAAGCUAAUACUAAUAUAUAUAGGUAAAAAAGAAAAUGGUCAAGACAAAUAAAUAUGGACAUAAGCAAGUCAAAUCUAAAAGUGUUAAAAAGAGGAUGGAGGACAGAAAAAUGAAUAGAAACGCCUGUAAUAGAUGAUAUAUUUACCAACACAAACAUACGUCCAUGGAGGCGAAUGGAUCUGAAGGAAUACAAUAAAAUGAGUGGUAGGAUAAACAAUAAAAUAAUAAAUAUGAUUCCCCUU